AUGCCAUUAAAAGAAUCAGCAUCCAUUGUGGAAGAUAUAGAUGCUACUCCAGUAGCGACAAUAGGUACAGAAUCAACCACCACCAUUGCCUCUGAAAAUGAUAGUAUUAAAUUAUUAACUUUUAACACAUGGGGAUUGAAAUUCAUUUCCAAACAUAGAAGACAAAGAAUUGAAGCCAUAGCUCAGAAAUUAUGUGAAGAACAGUAUGAUAUAGUUGCAUUACAAGAAAUUUGGAGUGAAGAUGAUUGGAAAUACUUUAAUCAAACGUGUCAAACUAUAUAUCCAUAUCGUCGUGCUUUUAAAUCAGGUAUCAUUGCUGGUCCCGGUUUAGCUAUCUUAUCUAAGAUACCGAUUGAUCAAUCAUUCUUAUAUCGAUUUCCUAUCAAUGGUAGACCAUCAGCUUUCUUUAGAGGUGAUUGGUAUGUGGGUAAGGGGAUUUCCAUCACUACUUUGAAACCACAUAAGAAAAAUGCAUUACCAAUUGCAAUUUUGAAUAGUCAUAUGCAUGCUCCAUAUUCCAAAGUUGGUGAUGCUAGCUAUUCAACUCAUCGUGCUUGUCAAGCAUGGGAUUUCACUAAGAUUGUUAAUAUGUUGAAAAGGAGUGGAUUUGCCGUGAUUCAAGUUGGUGAUUUAAAUUCAAGACCAAAUUCAUUACCAUAUAAUUUAUUCACAGUUGAGAGUCAAUUGAUUGAUUCUUGGAGAUUUUUAAACCCUAAUGAAGUUAGUAUUGCCGGGUUAACUCCUGAAGAUCAAAUCAUAACAGCAGGGGUAACUUGUAAUUCUCAAUUAAAUACAUAUCGAACUCAUUCUAAAAUUGAAGAUGCUUGUCGAUUAGAUUAUGCCUUAAUUGAUAUAAAUACUAUCACGCCAUUGAAAGCAGCAGUUAAGUUUACUGAAAAAUUACCUGCUCCCUUGAAUUGUUCAUAUUCUGAUCAUUUUGGAUAUAGUAUUGAAUUUGCUGUUCAAUCCAAAGAUGAGCAUAAAACUCAUGACGAUAGGUUUAUCCUGGAUCCAUCUGAGAAAAUUGAAAUAUAUCAACAAUUGUUAAUUGAGAUUGCCGAAUAUAGAAAACAUACCAUUCCAUUCCAAUCCAAUUGGAGAAAGAUAUAUUUCUUUUCUUCGAUAUUAAUUACUCUCCUGUUUUAUUUGUUUUCAGGAUUUCAAUCGAGAUUUGCUGUUUUAUUCUUAUUCUUGAGUCAUUUCAUCUUAGUUACAGGAAUCCUUAAUGGAAUGAUUUGGUUUUUCGGUGUAAGAUCCGAAUCAAGAGCCUUACAAGAAGUUGAAUUAGAAGUUGAAGAUGCUUAUUUCUCAUUAAAAACAGAGAUGUCACAUCCAUCCACUUAG